GCCAUCAACAAGCACCUUUGAUAUUUUCAUUUAUUGCUGCAAUAAUGGCGAUAUGAAAGCAAAUAUAAAUCUAAAGCAUUAGUCUAUUGACAAUCAAAGAGUUGUUUCAAUUCAAUUGUUACAAUGUUUAAAUCUUCAUAUCAUAUUCUGAUUACUGCUAUUGAAGCUUAUGGUCAUAUUAAUGCGAUUUGUGGUUUCGGUGAAUUAUUAGUUCAACAUGGACAUAAAGUGACCUUUGCUCAACGAUUGAAGUAUAAGAAACUCGCCGAUCAACAUGGGUUUGAUUUCAUUUCUUUUGACGAAGAAGUUAUUGGUGCUGAGUGCGAGGAAGAAGUUCUGAAAUGGAUGGACGCGAAUGCGGAAAAGUUUCGACAAGAACCAAUGGAGAGAUUUAAGAAUUAUACUGAAGAGGAAAAGGAAUCAGCAGCUUUCGGAGUUGAGAUUUUCAGAAAAUUAAAUCAAGUACUAAUCCCGAUUUUGGAUGGCAACUCAUUCGAUGCAAUUGUUCAUGAUGGAUUAGAUUUAAUAGAUUGUAUUUACAAGCAGACGAUUCCUGUCAUUUCCUCGCUUUCGGCUGCACCAUUGGUCUUAUACGAAAAAGGUCCACCGGGAAUGUCCGGUCUUUCUGUUAAUAGUGAUCCUAAAUUAUGGGUAGAAUAUCAAAACUAUUGUGUUGAUGCUAAUUCGAAGAGAACAGAAAAUUUCAAUGCUCUGUUAAAAGAAUCAGGAAGGCCUGAAGACUUUAGUACAAUUCGAUGGGUAUUACCACUUAAAACAAUUGGUUUUUAUCAUUAUCCUGCUGAUCUUGAUUACAUCGAGUUAGAGCCUGUUGCAAGUGGGUGGCAUCGAAUUGAUUGUUAUGUUCGAUCUCCUGAUGAAGGUUCAGAAUUCGAAUUACCUGAAAAACUAAAAGAUAAACCUGGAAAGUUGAUCUAUUUUUCUCUUGGAUCAACUGCUUCUAAUGAUUUAAUAAUUAUGAAUAAAUGUCUUUCCGUUCUUGCUCGUUGUGGCCAUCGUGUGAUCGUUUCAAUGGGUCGACGAGGUGAAAAACUAAAUCUUUCUGAAAAUAUGUGGGGACAAGAAUAUGUUAACCAGAUUGCCGUUAUCAAGAAAGUCGAUUUGGUAAUAACCCAUGGAGGAAACAAUACAUUUAUGGAAAGUCUUUAUCAUGGAAAACCGAUGAUAGUGAUCCCUUGGCUUGGCGAUCAACCAGACAAUGCACAGAGAGUCGUUGAUAAACAGAUUGGAUAUCGAGUUAAUCCUUGGGACUUUGAUGAAGAUUAUUUUCUUAAUUGUAUUGACAAAGUUUUAAAUGAUGAGCAAUUGCAAGAAAGAGUAAAAAAAAUAUCAGAAAAUAUGAAAAAUUCAGAUUCUGGUACAAAAGCCGUCAAGAUGAUUGAAGAUUUGAUUGUUAAAAAUAAAGGGUUCUAAUCAUAAUAAAUCAUUCAUAAAUAUUAAAUUAAUAUCAAUUUAUAAAUGAGUAUUUCAGAGUUCCAAUGUUUAUUGAAAAAGAGUAAUUUAUGUUAUUCAUUUGUUUGCCUUUCUAUUAUCAAGUUUGAUUGUGGCCUUGAAUCGCCGAUUACAUCGGAGAUUUUCCCUUCACUGCAUUUGCUGAGAUUCAGUAAUAGUGAUUGAACUAAUAUGAAAUAAUCAACACUUUCAAUGAGCGAUCUUGAUCAUCAAGUGAUUUUGUUUGACAUUUUUCGAUAUUAAUUAGUUUACCUCCCAUUU